AAAAAAAAAAAGGUCUAAAGACAAGACUUCUUGUAUUUUGAUUGAUUUAGAAAAAAGAUAGUCGUUAUUUAUUCCUCUCGCGGAACUAGAACUAAUGGCCAUUGCUAGAAACCAAUAGCACAUUUAGAUCAUUGAUCGAGAUAUUUGUAACUCAAAGCAAAAACACUUCAAAGGGGGAAGUGCAUUUGUAAAUACAUGACUAGCCGGACGACGCCAAGGGCCUUAUACGUAAUCACCUUAAAGAUUGGAAGGAAUUUAACUUUUUAGCCAUUUAAUAUCUGGAUGUUUACAUCUAAAGAGGAAAAUGGUUUUUACUCAAGGUUUUGCUUGUAUGUUUUCCUGUUGAAAAUAUAUGAUGCCAAGCGAGUAUAAGACUGGUCGCGUUCGUGAUACUCUACACUUCAUCUAAGACUAAAUCAUAUAAGAAGACGGGAAUGUAAAAAGGAAAACAAAAAAAAAAAUCUUCGCAUUCAUUUUUCCCCUGAGGAAAAGGAAAACAGUAUCAGUACUAAGACUACAGGAUUAAUCAAUUACUGAAAGUACCAAAUUUUUCUCUCCAUUGUUUAAUUUUACCUUGAAAGGCUCACCGCAGUUAUUCGAUCAAGAACGACGAGGAUCGUGGUUGGUUGGUUUACACACAAGAGGAUUAAAGUUUUCUUCACCACAAUGAAUGGAUAAAGAGUUCUGUUUUAGUUUCUAAUGGUAGUCGGUGAUUUGCAGACUGAUUGUGCCCACGUUCACUAUCAGCUUCAGUUGAAGUGAACUGACUGCAUGAUUUGGGUUUAGAUUUUCAACUACGUGGCUUAGAUGAAAAAUCUCGGUGUCUGUCAAAGUAGCUAAGUCGGUUUAGGUUGCCAUCAAGGGAUGAAAUCACUGCGACAAGACUAAAAAGAACCCAGGCAUAUGGUUUGGCCUGAGGAUCCAAAAUGUAUAAAUGUUUCAAAGUUACAAGUGUAAAUGAGUCUAAGAAUGCUGUUAAAGCGAGGUGUAAAAUACGCUACCAAGAAAAGGACUUUUCCAGCAUCACGGCCGCUCCUGUAGGCAGAGACAACCAAGGGCUUUCACUGAUGUCAUUAUCCUCGCAUAACGCUAUGGCAGGGCAAUCCACCGAUCUUGCCCAGAGAAAAGAGGUUAUCCUUGAUAGCACCUGGGUGAGCAUUCCCCGACUGGGAAUACGCCUCGAGAAUGAGAAUCUCCUCACUGCGCUUAGACAAUUUUAUAACACAAAAGUUCAACAAAGACGAAGGAAUUUCCAUCAAGUAAUGAGUCAAAUAGAACAUAAAGUCAACGAUAUUCUCGACUACGUCGAAAGUGUUAACACAGAUUUAAGGUUCAGACGCAUGAGCCCUGCUUCAUAUUAUGAGAUUAAAGCCUACAACGAGAUCGACGUUUUCCUAAUCCUCGAGAGACUCUCCCCUGUGGAUAUAACAGUCGAGGAGCUCGGUGACCCACAAGGCUAUGCGCGCAUACGAAUUCCAACCUCGUGUUCAAUGGAAUUCAAAAAAUGCUUCAGCUCGUUUCUCGUCCACUCAACGUCUGGCACGCAGUACCUCUCCUCUAUUAGCAUUGGUGGGAAGUUUAAAGGUCUUGUUCAAUGGUGUUUUGAAGAUCUUCCUUCGUCAUGGCGACAAACUUUCCCAAGUUGUAAGUUAAAUUCUCAAGCGUAUCAAGUUGGUAAGAAUAUAAUGAAAAGGGAAUCAAGUAAAAGAUAUGAGACAACGCAAAAAAAAGUAAGUUUUGGGGAAAUCAGUGCAACUGUCGCCAGCAGAGAAACCUUUUCUACCAUCAUUAAUCUUAUUCCUGUAGUUGAGUGUUCUUCUUUAUGGCCACUUUGCUCCAGUUGGCUUAAAUGUACUCCCCCCGCAUGGCCUGACCCAACAACAAUGAAAUCUAUUGUCGACAAGGGAGUACACUUGGUUGCCAUGCCAACGGAUAAGGGUGCUCAAGACGUAUGGGAUAUCAGGUUUCUCAAUGCACGACGGGUAUUAAUCGGUGGUUACGAUGACAACGACAUGAAGCGAAGAUGUUUACAGAUGGUUAAGGUGCUUUGUGAAAGCGAAGUUGGUUUUGCAAGUUUUUUUCUGCCGAGACAUUUGGAGCACGUCUUCCUGCAGCAGAGUCAACUUCAACCAAGAAAAGAAGACUGGGUCGAGGCAAAGCUAACCGAGAGGUUCCUGGAACUACUCGUUAUGCUUUAUGAUUGCUUAAGGACAAGAAACAUCCCAAACUUUUUCGUUCCUGAAGUCAAUUUGUUUUCUGAAAUGAGCACAGUUGUUUCAGAGCAACUUAGUAGGAAGGUGUUGGGCAUUAUCAAUGACCCUAUCAAAUACUUGGUUAGAUAGAUGUUAAUUGUAGGUAAAUUAUUUUCUGGAGCAACCAUGACACUUAAUUUGUUGUGGGAAAAUUUAAAACUUCCUUGUUGGACGCUGUUGAAACCUUGCAUACUACGGUGGCCCAUAAGGGACAUGCAGCAAGCUAGACGAGUUGCUGCAUGUUACGCCUAUACACUGCUGCAUGUUAAACUAUAAGCACUGCGCGCGCAGUUUACUGAUUGUGACUGAGUUUAAACUUAUUUUAAUUUUCGACGAUUUCUCACUAAAACAAAUUGUAAUGGAAUUGCUCUAUUCACUAUAACGUCACAUCAAAACAAUCUAUUUUUUAAACGCAGAGGAUCAUGGUCGUCCGAGGGGGUCAGAUCAACGCAAACUCACCGAAAAUUGUUCUAAAACCCGUAUCAAUCCACGAAGAGAAGUAGAAUAGCCAGCAAACGCUCAGAA